AUGUAUAUGGCUUCCAUGGAAGACGGAGAAGAAGAGAUAUCGAGUAGACUCGAAGCCAUUUUUACGUACACGUGUGUUUUCAACACUCGCAACAGCUGGCAAGAAGAAACCAAAACUGACAAAGCGUAUUUGGAAGAUUUAAAGAUAGCGCUCGAAGAAACUGAAGACGAACUCAACUACUUUACCACUACUCAUGCGGAAUUGGUUGGAGAAGUUGUGCAACCUCUUGGCAAAGAAAGAUUUUUGAUCUCAGUUCUUGUGAAAGUAAACGAAGGAGUUCGUCUCAUAGUGAAUCGCUCAAGCUUAGUGAAUCAGUCGAAGCUUGUUUCUGGAACCAGACUCAGAGAUGUAAGAGACUGGAUUGAACGUCCUCUCAUAGAUCCUGACAUUUUUGAACGAGUUGGUGUAAAGCCUCCCAAGGGAGUGCUUCUCUAUGGACCUCCUGGUACUGGAAAGACAUUGUUAGCCAAAGUUGUUUCUAGCUCGCUUGUUAGCAAAUACGUGGGAGAGAGUCCAUUGAUGGUGAGAGAGAUGUUUAAAUAUGCCCCUGAACAUCAACCUUGCAUCAUCUUUUUGGAUGAGAUUGAUGCUAUUGAUAGACGUAGAUCCUGCUACGGAGAAGGAGAAACUAAAGAGUGUGACAGAGUCCUCAUCGAGCUUCUCUCUGAACUUGAUGGAUUCAACGAACUUGAUAAGGUUAUAAUGGCAACGAACAGACCUGAUGUUCUUGACCCUGCGCUUCUUCGACCUGGUAGAAUCGAUAAGAAGAUAGAGUUCUCAUUGCCUAACGAAGAUUCCAGAAUUAGAAUCCUUAAGAUUCAUGCUUCUGGUAUUACUAAACAAGGAGAUAUCGACUACGAAAAGGUCGUGAAACUAUCUGAGGGAUUCAAUGGAGCAGAUAUGCGUAACGUAUGUACUGAAGCAGGGAUGUUAGCUUUACGUGCAGGGCACGAUUACGUUGUCCCCAGCGACUUCAUCAAGGCUGUAACGAAACUAGGCGAAGCGAAGAAGCUUGAGUCUAGUGCACAAUACAAUGCUGAUUUCUGA